AUGGGUGCUCUGGAUCAUCUAUCUAAUAUCUUUGAUUGCUCAAGUGGCCGAAGUUCCAAGCUCAGGAAACGCAAGCAAUUGCAGAGUCAUGAAAUACUCGCCGGCCGGACAGGAAAAUACCCGGUUCGGCGAAUGGCCGGCGUUCUCAGUCCCACCACGGUGGAGAUAAAGGUGAAGAUAGACUGUGAAGGAUGCGAGAGAAAGGUGAGAAGAGCUGUGGAAGGAAUGAAAGGAGUGAACUCAGUAGAAGUGGAGCCCAAGCAAAGCAAGCUCACUGUCGUUGGAUAUGUGGACCCUCAAAAAGUUGUGAGCCGUGUGGCUCAUCGGACGGGCAAGAAGGUGGAGCUGUGGCCUUACGUUCCAUACGACGUCGUAGCACAUCCCUACGCACCUGGUGUGUACGAUAGGAAGGCCCCAGCUGGGUACGUGCGAUAUGCUGAGGACCCACAGGUUUCUCAGCUUGCACGUGCGAGUUCCACCGAGGUACGGUACACCACUGCCUUCAGUGAUGAAAACCCCGCUGCUUGUGUUGUAAUGUGA